ACUGAUGACAAUAUAAGUAAAAAUUAAACCUUGCUAGCUCGUAAAAGAAUAUGAAAAUUAAUGGUUAUGUGAUGAGAUAAGAGACAUAAAGAGAGAGAAACAAAGUCAAAGCGGUUCAUAGUUGAAAGGAUGAUAGGGAAGCUGAAGGUAUAUGCAGAUCGUAUGUCCCAACCAUGUAGAGCAGUUCUUAUAUUUUGCAGGUUGAACGGAAUCGAUUUUGAGGAGAUUAAAGUUGACAUUUCCAAACGUCACCAUCUAUCCCUUGAAUUCACAGAAGUAAACCCUCUGCAGAAAGUUCCAGCUAUUCUUCAUGGAAAUCUCAAUCUCUUCGAGAGCCAUGCAAUCCUUGUCUAUCUUUCUUCUGCUUUUCCUGGAAUUGCUGACCAUUGGUAUCCAACUGAUGUUUUCAAGAGAGCAAAAGUCAAUUCAGUUUUGGAUUGGCAUCACUCUAAUUUACGAUAUGGAGAAGUGAAUUAUGUAUCAAAUACUGUAUUAGGACCCGCACUUGGCCGUCCGCGGAAUCCAAAAGCAGCUGCUGAAGCAGAAACAGUUUUAUUAUCUUCUUUAUCAAAACUAGAGAAUAUUUGGCUCAAUGGAGAUGGACGAUUCCUUCUCGGUAGCUUUCAACCGUCUAUAGCAGAUCUCAGCCUGGUUUGUGAACUCACACAACUCGAGGUUUUGGAUGAGACGGACCGCAGUCGAAUAUUAUCCCCAUACAAGAAAGUUCUUGGGUGGAUUGAGGAUACAAGAACUGCAACAAAUCCCCACUUUGAAGAGAUGCAUAAUAUCCUUUAUAGAGCUAAAAAGAAAUUCCAACAGCAGCGUUCAAGGAUAGCUGAAUCUGGGACUGAGACUAGCAACAAAAUGGGGAGGCAUUCCAAGAUGUGAAAGCCACGACUUCGAAUAACUUAUUCAUAUUUUGUCAGUGAAUAAGUAAGAGAAGUCCGAAAAUAAAUGUUGUUGUACUUGUAAACUGUGGAUGGUAUGUUGGUGGUGUUUUAUAUGCAUUUGAAUUUAAUUUUUUAAAAGUAUUUAACUUUGUGUCCAACAUGAUCAUAUCUAAAUAAUUAAAAUGUGUCAAUUGU